UUAACAACUUGACUGAUGCGCUCGCGCUUUCGGGAGACGAGAUGUGGACGAGAAACCUGCAAGGUAAAUCCACCGUUUGCUAGCUCGCGCUCAGUGUCAUAUCUGCGGUUUUCCCAUAGGAUCCUGUCACUUUAGAGUAGCCGACGAAGACACUCCUCUCGUUUCAUGAUUUCCACCAAGCCUUACGCUGCCUUUUAUUAAAUACAAACCUACGUCACAUGAUGUAGGGGUAGUUCGUUUUCGUUAUCAUCGCACCCGGCGACUGGAAAUCAGAACUAGCUUUGAGUCACCAACUCACUUCGACUUGACGUGGAGUGGAAAUUUCCUAGCUUCUGUGAAUCCAUGGUUAUUUCGAUUCACGAAGGGGAAACGGGAUGAAACAAUGUAGCCCACUAGGAAUCGUCUUUGGGACGCGUGUUAAUGCGUAGCGAUUUGCAGGAAUUGUUAAGAAAAUGCGUUCGCGAGCUGACAAGGUUUUAUCUGUAAGGACGCCGCUGGCGCCACGCAGAUAAGUUGACUGCGCCACCAAACGCCGUGUUUGAAUCCACACCAAGGCAAAGAAAGACGUAAAAGGAUAACUUUUCCCCCCUUCGAUUCACCUAUUGCUGCUGAAGAAUAGAAGAGAUGGGCCGAAGGAAGGAUUGAACCUGAUUUCCAAUUCAAGUUGAAGCUUGCUCGGCGGACGGUGAUGCAGACCGAGUGAAAUUGCACCUGCGGAAAAGCGUUACCGUACUGUAGGCUCUCAUGCCUGAACAAUGAUACAGAUCUUACUAUGGUCGCUGCCUUCCUGCGCCACCCGCCCUGUCCCCACACCAACCGCCCUGCCCCCACACCAACCGCCCUGCCCCCACACCAACCGCCCUGCCCCCACACCAACCGCCCUGUCCCCACACCAACCGCCGUUCUUCUCCCCUGCAAACCUCACCUGCCCUGCCCCUAUCCGCUGAGCAGACCAUAACGAUGGGGUAAAAGCCAAGUCUGGGACACCGUGGAGGAAGAGCGAGAGCUACAGUCCGUCUUUCAGGAGCUGCAGACUUCAGCUGCCCGGCAGGUGAAAGGAGGAGAAGAUGGUUGUGUCGUGUCGGAAGAUGAGGGUGCUGGGGGUGAUGAUGAUGGUCAACUUCUUCAUCUUCAUCCUGGUGGAGGUGUCGCGGAUCGCCGGGCAGGGCAAGGGCGCCAGCGGCAAGCUGCGGGUGCCCACCAAGCCCUUCUGGAAGCGGCCGGUGGCCAGCGAGGCCUACUGGAACCGCGAGCAGCAGAAGCUGGACCACCUGCACAACCCCAUCCUGGCCUCGGCGAACGGCUCCGGCCCCGAGCUGCCGGACUGGCUCAACGACACCGUGCGCGGCGAGUCCUGCGAGCCGGACCUGGCCGUCACCACCCGGGUGAAGGACUACAACUCCCUGCCCGACCGCUUCAAGGACUUCCUGCUGUACAUGCGGUGCCGGACCUACCGCAUGGCGGUGGACCAGCCCCACGUGUGCCGGGACAGGCCCUACUUGCUGCUGGCCGUCAAGUCCCUGUCCCCGCACUUCGACCGCAGGCAGGCCAUCCGGGAGUCCUGGGGACGGGCCGGGCGGCUGGCCAACCGCACGGUGGCCACCGUCUUCCUGCUGGGCAACGCCACGGCGGCGGACCACUUCCCCGACCUGUCGGAGAUGCUGCGGUACGAGGCAGCCAUGCACCGGGACAUCCUGCAGUGGGACUACCGGGACUCCUUCUUCAACCUGACCAUCAAGGAGGUGCUCUUCCUGGACUGGGUGCACCUGCGCUGCCCCGGGGCCAGCUUCGUCUUCAAGGGCGACGACGACGUCUUCGUCAACACCCGCCGCAUCCUGGACUUCCUGCAGGGCCUGUCGCCCGGCAAGGCCCGGGACCUGUUCGUGGGCGACGUCAUCACCCACGCCGGCCCCCACCGGGACAAGAAGCUCAAGUACUUCAUCCCCGAGAGCCUGUUCGUGGGCCCGUACCCGCCCUACGCCGGCGGCGGCGGCUUCCUGUACUCGGGCGACCUGGCGCUCCGCCUGCAGGCCGUCUCCCACAAGGUGGCGCUCUACCCCAUCGACGACGUCUACACGGGCAUGUGCCUGAAGAAGCUGGGCCUGGUGCCGGAGAGGCACAAGGGCUUCAGGACCUUCGACAUCGAGGAGAAGUACAGGAACAAUCCCUGCGCCUACAAGAGCCUGAUGCUGGUGCACAGCAGGACUCCUCAGGACAUGAUCAAAAUCUGGACCUGGCUCAGCGACCCCGCGCUCAGCUGUCAGUAACGGAGAUAGUUUUUUUUUUUUGUUCCACAGAACCUAAGAUGCGUGACUUCUGUCUUGUGGGAGUCUCAACCCUCCUGUAAGUCCCGUGCGAAGUGCCGCGUCCGUCCCCUUGUGUUAAAAGCACUUUCGGUCGUCGCCGUGAACUUUUUUUCGGAUGUUGCUGGGAUGAUGCUGUCCGUUAUUCUGACCCCACCCGCCCCCCCCCCCCCCCCCCCCCAAACUAGUGAACUGAAGAUUCACUUGAUGAGUGGGGCCCUCUCAAAACAGUGAACAUAUCUUUGGUGUUAAGCCAGCACAGGUCUUUGUCUCCGUGUUCAUUUUCACUUUUCACUUUUUUCAUUGUGAGAAAGAUGAUGGCAGCUGACUUAUCCCUCAUCUUACCGUUAUUGUUGUUGUUGUUGUUAUUAUUAUUAUUAUUACUGCAAUUAUCACUGUUGUACACACAAAGGCUGAGCUAUUCAUCAUAAAGGCUGAGAGAACAGGUGCUGUGAUACUGUUGUUUUGUCAUAGAAUAAUGAGUGUUCCUGUGAUGUUUCAUGUGUAAAACGGAGAGCCUCAUCCGGUCCUCCAACCCUUUAUACUUGACAUUUUAAGACAAACUAUUUAUGAAAAUAUGUAUAUUAUUGAGAGACGAUGACACAAUUUAUUAUUUUUUUUAAACCACCGGUUUUUUUUUUACAUACAGAGAAGUAUUGCACAGAUAAAUAUUAAUAUUGUUAAUAUUUAAGAAUAGAUUUCCUUUUUUUAAAUUAUUCUUUUCGUCUGGAGAGCUUUUCAUUCAGGCACAUGUUGAAGCCCCAGAUUUGGAGUUGAGCUUUGCACUUUGUUAUUGACUGACGGUCUGCUGUGUUCCCGGACACUCUCUGUUGACCUCUGACCUCUGACCUCUGAGCCGUUUGGGGAAAACAUGGAGAAAUCGCGCGACCUUGGAAAUCUGUUCAAAAGUUGAUAGCUGUUGGCCAGAGUGUAGGGAUGGUCAUGUGUUGUAAAUUCCUUAUGAACGCCCCUCAGAGAUCGAAUUGGCCACGACUGGUAAGGGUUAAACCUGAGUGAGAUUAACUUUUGCACCACCGUAGCGCCUCCACCUGGUUGUUGAAGGUAAUAUUGGGUGAGCUCUCUGGCAACCUAGUGCCGCAGUGCCAUUCCUGGAAAUCGUUAGCUAAUGGUGCUGCACGAGAGGGGGGGGGGGGGG